AUGUUUAAUAAUUAUAAUUUUAAAACUAAAAAUAUAACAAUAAAUGGAGAUAUUACAUUCUUUACCAUUGAUAUCGUUUUAAUAUUCUUAUAUAUUUCUCUAUUAAUUUUUACAACUGCAUAUACAAAAAUAAAAAUUAAUAGAGAAGGAUUAAUUCAUGAAAAAUAUAUAGGAGAUAUACUCUAUGUAGUUCAUACAUUGGGUACAUUAUGUUUGUUAACUUUAUUUUCAUGUAUUUCACUUUUACUAUUUUCAAUAUACAAUAGGGGGAAUUGUUAUAAUAUUGAUUUGAAAUUAUAUAAAAAAGGAGUAAUAAUAAUAAAUUUGGUGGUAUAUUUUAUUGUAUUUUCAAUGAUUUUUUAUGAAUUAAUGUUUUCUCUAAAAGAAAUGAAAUCAUUUAAUACACUACCCUACUCAAAACCUCAAAAAGCAAUUCAAUUUUUUGUAUCCGUAAUAUAUUUAUUUUUUGGUGUUUUAUCAUUUUUUAUUGGUGACAUGUCUUUAUUUAAAAUUGUAAAAGAAUUCAAUAGAGAUGAUGGGUAUUACAUCAAUUCAUUUACAAAAUUUAAAUUUAAAUUUGGAAAAGUUUUAAUAUUCAGUAUGUUAUAUUUCUUUGUUCGUUUUAUUAUUACAAUAACAUUAAUUUUCACACCAAUCGAACAAACACAUGGUAUUUUUGAAAUUAUUUUCUAUAGUUUAUUCGAAAUUCUUCCAAUAUCACUAGCAAUAUGGAUAAUAGACAAACUUGAAAAUGAAGCAAUUGAAUUAAAAGAUUCAAAUGAAGAACCAGAUAAAUUCUCUCACUUAAAAGAAGAAGAAAAAAUAUAA